GUUCACUUUCUGAACUCAAGUUAAAAGGAACUCCUUAACUUCUCUCUUCUCACCAUUCGUCAUCCCCACUGCCACUGCCACUGCCAUCACCACAAAAACGCUGCAACACCAAAGUUUUUAGCCUUGCCUUGCUGCCUCAACUGAAUGGAGCCGAAGUCAGAAUAUUGUGGCAGCAACACUGUGGACGAUCUGCCUGAGAUGUCUGGGCCCCAGAACACGGCUGUCCUUGCUUACCCUGUAGGAGCCAAUUCUCAAUCUGUUUAUCAACUCUCCUUGUAUCCUAUAACUAUAAAGUUUGAAGAGGUGGUGUACAAAGUAAAACUGGAGCAGAAAGGAUUAUGUUAUGGGACAUGGACCAGCAGAGAAAAAACCAUAUUGAAUGGCUUAACAGGUUUGGUUUCCCCUGGAGAGAUCCUAGCGAUGUUAGGGCCAUCCGGAAGUGGCAAAACUACCCUUCUUACUGCUCUUGGAGGCCGUCUAAAUGGCAAGCUGUCCGGAAAGAUCACAUACAAUGGUCAGCCUUUUUCUGGUACCAUCAAAAGAAGAACUGGGUUUGUUUCUCAAGACGAUGUUUUAUACCCACACCUGACUGUUGCCGAAACUCUUCUUUUCACCGCACUCUUAAGGCUACCCAGCAGCUUGGCUCGGGAUGAGAAAGAACAGCAUGUGGAGCGAGUGAUCACUGAGCUGGGAUUGACUAAGUGCCGCAACAGCAUGAUUGGGGGGCCACUCUUUAGAGGGAUAUCAGGGGGAGAAAAGAAGAGGGUGAGUAUUGGUCAGGAAAUGCUAAUCAAUCCAAGCUUGCUUCUGCUAGAUGAGCCAACAUCAGGUUUGGACUCGACCACCGCUCAAAGGAUCCUGACCACAAUCAAACGGCUCGCCGGGGGCGGCAGAACCGUGGUCACCACCAUUCACCAACCCUCCAGCAGGAUUUACCACAUGUUCGACAAGGUGAUCUUGCUCUCCGAGGGAUGUCCCAUCUAUUAUGGCUCUGCUUCUGCAGCAUUAGAAUACUUUUCCUCAAUUGGGUUUUCCACAUCCAUGACUGUCAAUCCAGCUGAUCUCUUGCUUGAUCUUGCUAAUGGAAUUGCUCCUGAUUCCAAGCAACCAACUGAGCAAGUCGACAACAUGGAACAAGAACAGAAGUUGGUCAAGGAAGCUCUGAUUUCAGCCUACGACAAGAACAUUUCUACGAGGUUGAAAGCUGAGCUUUGCAGUUCCGAUGUCAACAACUUCAAUCGUACAAAAGAUGGUUGUAAAAGACGUGAGAUAAAAUCAUCAGAGCAAUGGUGUACAAGCUGGUGGCAUCAGUUCAGGGUGCUGCUUCAGAGGGGGCUCAGAGAGCGGAGGUUUGAAGCCUUCAACAGGCUAAGGAUUUUCCAAGUUUUAAGUGUCGCGGUACUUGGUGGACUCUUAUGGUUGCACACCCCGACAUCUCACAUUGAAGACCGAAUAGCCUUGCUCUUCUUCUUCUCUGUGUUCUGGGGUUUCUACCCUCUCUACAAUGCAGUUUUCACAUUUCCACAAGAAAGAAGAAUGCUGAUUAAGGAAAGAUCAUCUGGAAUGUACCGACUUUCGUCCUACUUCCUAGCCAGAACAGUUGGAGACCUGCCACUGGAGCUUGCACUCCCAACUGCCUUUGUGUUCAUUAUCUAUUGGAUGGGUGGGCUUAAACCCAAUGCUGUGACUUUCAUCCUUUCCCUGCUUAUUGUUCUCUACAGUGUCCUUGUUUCCCAAAGUCUUGGCUUAGCCAUUGGUGCAAUUCUUAUGGACGUAAAACAGGCCACUACUUUAGCUUCUGUUACAACCCUUGUUUUCCUCAUAGCAGGAGGAUACUAUAUUCAACAGAUUCCUCCAUUCAUAGUCUGGCUCAAGUACUUAAGCUAUAGCUACUACUGUUACAAGCUGCUUCUUGGGGUUCAAUACAAAGAGGACGAUUAUUAUGAGUGCUCAAAAGGAGUGCUGUGUCGAGUUGGAGAUUUCCCUGCUGUCAAAUCAAUGGAUCUGAACCAUUUAUGGGUAGACGUGGCCAUCAUGGGCUUGAUGUUGGUGGGUUAUCGACUUGUUGCUUAUCUGGCACUGCAUAGAGUGCAACUCGGGUAAAUUUCAGCAGAGGUUCUAUUCCACCCAACAAGAGAGUUCCAAGCGUUUUCUUCUUCUUCUUCUUCUUCAUCAACUGAAGAAUAAUUUGUUAGAUGGAUGAUCAUGUUGUAACAUUUUGGAUUCGGGUGUAUUAGCCAUCUUUUAUGAUAAUUUAGACGGAUACUAACUUAGAAGCUUUA